UGCUUGUACACACACCCCAGUGUCAUGAGGUACUCGAGGUUGGGGUGAUCAUCAACACACGAGAACAUUUGAUCGGACACGUCGCACACAUUUGUGCACAGGCACAAUAAAGCUGUCACCGUCCACGCUUCGAGACACAACCGCAGCUGAAACUUCACUUCAGAUGGCCAGAACAUUGUUUACCUUUCUUCCUUUUAGGGCGUGAAGACGACGCGAGCACAAUUGUAUCCUGUUUUCGUUAUGCCUUCGAUAUACCGUCUCUUUUCAUCUUAGUAAGUUUAUUUGUACACAAACUGUGUCCAUCAUCAUGGCUGAAGACGAGCUCAUGUUUUGUAUGGAGGAGGUGGGCAACGUUAGGGAUGUGUGUGGUAAGAGCAGGGUGUCUUUUCAACAUCAAAAUGCGAGCGAUGAUGAGGAAGAUGAGAUCUGCAUUUGCCCCAUCACCGAUGACCCCGUCAUACCAACCAAAGGCACCUGUGACUACCAAAACAUCCAGAACAAGCAGCUUUCUAAUUCUGUACCCAAAAAUUCCUUCAGUUACAAGAACAAAAACGAAGACGCAAACUCUAUCAGGUUUGGCUCUUUAACUGAGAAAGGUCGGGCCACUUGGAAACAUGCUAUUGAGAAGGCCAAAGCCAUGCCAGAUCCUUGGGCCGAAUUUCAUUUGGAGGAAAUCGAAACUGAGCGCUGCACACGAUACAGAUAUAAUGCUGUUACUGGUGAAUGGGCGAAGGACGAAAUAUUUAUUAAGAUUUCCAAUCAGCCUUUUGGAAGAGGAGCCAUGAGAGAAUGCUUCAGAGCGAAAAAGUUGUCAAACUUUUCCCACAGCCAUAACUGGAAAUCUGCCUCAAACUAUGUGGCAAAGCGCUACAUGGAGACAGUGGACCGAGAGGUUUACUUUGAGGACAUCAGGUUACAAAUGGAAGCGAAAUUAUGGGGUGAGGAGUACAACCGCCACAGACCUCCCAAACAGGUGGACAUCAUGCAGAUGUGUGCUGUGGAAAUGACCGGGCGUCCCGGAAGUCCUUUGUUUCACCUGGAGCAUUAUAUUGAGGGGAAGUACACCAAGUACAACUCUAACUCCGGCUUUGUGAGGGAUGAUAACAUACGUCUUACACCUCAGGCAUUUAGUCAUUUCACAUUUGAGCGGUCUGGACACCAGCUGAUAGUGGUGGACAUUCAGGGUGUUGGUGACCUCUACACAGACCCUCAGAUCCACACUGAGAAGGGAACUGACUUUGGAGACGGCAAUUUGGGUGUCCGUGGCAUGGCUCUUUUCUUUCACUCACAUCUGUGUAAUAAGAUCUGCAGAAGUAUGAGUCUCGCUCGCUUUGACCUGUCACCAGCUGAAAUGGCACAACUGGACUGCACAAACAAGCUGCUGAAGUCAGCUCAGACGGUUCUCCGUGGCUCUGAGGAACAGUGCGGUUCCCCCAGGGUGAGAACGAUUUCGCUCGGUCACAUGCCACCUCUUCUGACCCGCCUCUCUGAGACCUCAUCGGUUGAAGAGAACAGCGACACAGACUCGAUUCCAUGUUCUCCAAUGAGUAUGGGUGUCUCUGUAGACCGAUCGCCCAUGGGCUGGUCAUUUAUGAAUGAGAUGAAUGAAUCGCAUCGAGCUAACACAGAUCAACAGGAGUCGGAGAACGGAGGAGACAGCGGUUACCCUAGUGAAAGACGCAGUGAAGGAGACGCUGGUGAACAUCAGCACCAGGGCCGUCCUCUCUACAACAGACAUUACUCAGAAUCGGAUGAAGACAGUGUUCGUCGGCUGACAGAAGAAAAAUGGACGUUUUACCAUUCAUCUCGCUCACACAUACACAGACCCUCGUGUGUAGCAAUGGAGGUGGAGAGACUCAACGCGAUGGUUCUUGAAAGAAAAAUCGGUAAAUCCAUUCUGGGCAAGGUCCAUCUGGCUAUGGUCCGGUAUCACGAAGGCGGGCGCUUUUGUGAGAAGGAUGCACCAUGGGAUCAGAUUUCUGCGCUGUAUCAUCUGGAGAGAGCGGCCAUGUGUGGGGAACUGGAGGCUAUAGUUGCUCUCGGCCAAUGUUGUCUUCAGUUGCCACACCACGUCUUACCUGAGAUCGAAUUGGAGGAAUCUGAGGAAAACAAGAAGAAAGGUUUUCGCUUUCUGCUGCAGGCCGCUGAGGCGGGAGACAGGCCGAGUAUGAUUCUAGUGGCACGGGCAUUCGACACCGGUCUUAAACUUCCUUCUGAUAGGACCGUGGACUGGAAGCACGCUGUGCACUGGUACGACUGCGCUCUUAAGAUGACAGAUUAUGAUGAGGGUGGAGAGUAUGAUGGCAUGCAGGAUGAGCCACGUUACCUUCUGCUCGCCCGAUUGGCUGAGAUGUAUCAGGACGGAGGGUUCAGCCUGGACCCGGACCCUCAAAAAGCAGGGGAUCUGUUCACGGAGGCAGCUGAUGCCGCUAUGGAAGCUAUGAAGGGCCGACUGGCCAAUCAGUACUACAUGAAAGCAGAGGAGGCGUGGUCUAUGGUGGAAGAGUGAUAGAUCGUAUAUGCAGCUGAUUUCCUGAGAUCACGAAAAUGGUUAAUAUUUUGCACCUGCUUUCUGUUUACAUGAUCUUUCUCAAUGCCUUAAUAAUGCUUUCCUUGGGUCAGGCAUGUUCACUUUACAAGUAAUGGUGAUCUGCAAUUAUCAUCUUCCAAUGAAUGUGAAAAUGGCGCAUAGAAAAGAUGAUUCUUGGUCAGUGCUAUACUGAGGUGCUAACUCUAUUGGUUAACUUUAAGAUAAAAAUAAAUAAUAAGUAAAUGUUAAAUUGUUUUACGUUGAGAUUACCUGCUAAUAAUUACGCUUGUCGCUAUUUGCUUGUUUUCGACUGGGUGUUUCCUUAAUGAAUGCAUUAGAUCAGAUUUUUCUGGAUUGUCGGCAUCAAAAGCUAUUUUAAUAACUUGUCAAACAACUUUCAGAAUUCAUUAUAAUUUAGGUGUGUACUGUUGUGCAUGUGGUACAUUUUAGUAAUUUCUUUUAGAACUACGAUGGAUGAAAAAUAAAUACAUUUUUUAAAA